AUGGCCAGCUCGGCUUCCCUGGAGACCAUGGUGCCCCCGGCCUGUCCCCGAGCCGGAGCGUCACCGGCCACUUCCAAGACGCUGGCCUUCUCCAUCGAGCGCAUCAUGGCUAAGACGUCGGAGCCCCGUGCGCCCUUUGAGCCCCGGCCGGGGGCCCUGGAGGCAGACAGCGGCCAGGGCAAGAAACUGCUCAACCUCUGCUCGCCGCUGCCCUGCAUGAUCCCCCUCCAGCCCCUGGGCUACGACAUGCCGUCCAAGACGCUGCUCAGCUACUCCGAGCUCUGGAAAGGCAGCCUCCGGGCGGGCGGCGGCGGCGGCGGGGGGGCUUCGGUGUGCGGCGCCAGCGGCUUGUGCAAAACCAACUGUGGCGUGUGCUGCAAGGCCGAGCUGGGCCUGGCGCCGUCCGCGCUGCCCGCGGGCAGGGUCAUCAAGCCGCAGGUCAUCAACCACGCGGUGGGGCUGCCGGCCAGCUCGCUCUACUACUUCAACUACCUGGACUCCGCCGCCUACCCGCCAUCUGAGCUUCUAGGCGGCCACCUCUUCCCAUCUGGCCUCCUCAACGCACACAGGCCCCCCGCCGCCCUGGCGGCGCACCCCAAGCUCUUUUUGCUGGAGAACGCCAAGUUGGCCGGCCUGGCCGCGGACAAGUUCCCCCACCCGGCGCCCUACGCCCAUAAGGAGCGCCUGCCCGCGCCGCUGGAGCAGGUGCUGAAGGAGAACUCGGCCCUGACCGCCGAGCGCGGCGGCGUCAAGGGCCACGGCAAGCUGCCCGGUGCCUCCGCGGACGGGAAGCCGAAAAACUUCACCUGCGAGGUGUGCGGCAAGGUGUUUAACGCUCACUAUAACCUCACCCGCCACAUGCCGGUCCACACCGGAGCCAGACCGUUCGUGUGCAAAGUCUGCGGCAAAGGCUUCCGCCAGGCCAGCACGCUGUGCAGACACAAAAUUAUCCACACCCAGGAAAAGCCUCAUAAAUGCAACCAGUGCGGCAAAGCUUUCAACCGCAGCUCCACGCUCAACACGCACAUCCGCAUCCACGCGGGCUACAAGCCCUUCGUCUGCGAAUUCUGCGGCAAAGGCUUUCACCAGAAAGGGAACUACAAGAACCACAAGCUGACCCACAGCGGCGAGAAGCAGUACAAGUGCACCAUCUGCAACAAGGCCUUCCACCAGGUCUACAACCUGACCUUCCACAUGCACACCCACAACGACAAGAAGCCCUUCACCUGCGCCACCUGCGGCAAGGGCUUCUGCAGGAACUUUGACCUCAAGAAGCACGUGCGCAAACUCCACGACAGCGCGGGCCCGGCCACCCCCUCCACCAAGGACCUGACGCGGACCGUGCAGAGCUGA